AUGGUCCGUAUAAAGGCGAGGUACAUAGUUGUGAAGCUUCGAUUUGAGGGGAACGGGAGCAUGCCGGGUAGGGAGAUGUUGGGAUCGGUUAUCAGAUCGAGGGUUUGCACAGACUAUGGAAUCCACGUCCUAUCGAUGGUGGGGAGUCUGGUGGUUGUUGAGUAUCUGCCCCACAACCAAGUGGCAGUGGUCAGGUGCGAUGCCCCAGCAUGCAAAUAUGUCUUGUUCACGAUUGCCACUAUAGGGGAGGUUUCCGACCUCAAAUGUUCCAUGUCGGUUCUGUGGGUGUCUGGGAUUCUUAAGAGAGCCAUGAGAAGGAUUCUGAGGUAUGUGGAGAAGGAAAGGGUUAGAAAGUAA